AUGAGACAAUCCAUAUUCCAAACUGCUAAAAGAUUAUAUUCAACUGCUGCUGCUCCAGCUGCUCAAGCUGCUACAUCUAGUCCUGCUGCCGCCACCACUGCUGCUGCCACCACUGCUAAAGUUGUUUCUAAACCUGCCAAAAGAAUUGGUGCUUUUAGAGGUGGAUUUUUAGGUUUUUUCUUUGGUGUUAGUUUAACUUCAAUUUUCACUUAUUCAUAUGUCUUGGAUCAACAUAAAACAAGUUCAAAUGUUAUUAUAAGUGAUGUCUUGAGUUUACAAAAAUCAAUUAGAGUUUUAGAAGAACAUGUUCGAGUUUUAGAAAAGAAUCAAAAACCAAUUGAUAAAUGA